AUGUGCGGCAAACCGUCUUGUGAGUUGCUGGCUCGUUUGCGCCCUAGCUGGGAUGGACUACACGCACCUCGAUGCGAUAAACUGACGGUGUCUCUUCCUCUGUACUGUUGACCUCCUCCUAGAGCUACAUCCGUGUUGCCAGCCGCCUCCGGUAUUUUUAAAAAAAAGUCCAAGGCCACCCAAAGUGCUGUGCGUCAAGCUCUGACCAAACCAAUUGCUAUCUUGCCGAUGGCGCGUACCAGGACAUCUUAG